AUGACUUCACUCGCAGCUACUUACGAUGGAAAACCAACUGAGCAAAAGAAAAUCCAAUUGAAACGGAGAGCUGUCACAACGACGAACCUUAACAGCGGCGGCGACGGUAUCUCCGACGAUGCCAGGAGAGGCCUGCCAUGUUCCGAGACCCACCGACGGAAUCUUAGCGCCGGUGUUGAGCUCGAAGAAUCCAAUCGCGUUCGCCAUUGUCAGAGAUUGGAGAUUAAGAUCUCUGCUGUCGCUGUUGGGUCAACGCACACACACCACUUCACAACUUCCACUAAUCCAAGAAAAAAGGAGGAGCGAACAACGCGGGAGGUUGGUGUAAUCUUCCCCAAGAUCACUUCGAUUUGGCUCAGCCCAUCUUUCUCCGUAUCGCUCAAUACAAAGCCGGUGUCGUCCCCGUUCAAUACCGGAGACGCGACGGAGACAUUACAGCAUCUUCAUUCCCACCGUGGCUCUCUCUCUAUCAAGAAAUCUCAGAUUGCUUUCGCGGUGGACUCGAUUUACAACCCCCCGAAGCACUGUCACGGAAUGGCAUCUGAAGCGAAAAGCUUCGUGAGGAGAGAUCGUCUUCUGGAGCUUGAGGCAGAGGCACGAUCGCUGUGGGAAGAAGAAGGAGUAUUCGUGGCUGAGUCUCGUAAGGAUCCUCCAAAAGCAGGAGAGAAGUUCUUCUCAACUUUCCCUUUCCCGUAUAUGAAUGGUUAUCUGCAUAUUGGGCAUGCCUUCUCACUCUCCAAGGUUGAUUUCGCUUCUGCUUACCAUAGACUGAGAGGCGCUAACGUGCUCCUUCCCUUUGGCUUCCACUGCACUGGUAUGCCGAUUAAGGCUUCUGCGGAUAAGCUUUCCCGUGAGAUGCAGCAGUUUGGGAACCCUCCUGUGUUCACUGACACAAAACAAGCUCCAGAAGCUGUUGAGGAAGAGAGUGAUACAACACCUGCUUUGCCGGAUCAGUUCAGGGGAAAGAAGUCGAAGGUGGCUGCGAAAUCCGGUGGACAGGUUUAUCAAUGGGAGAUUAUGCGCAGCUUUGGCCUCACUGACACUGAGAUUGCAAGGUUCCAAGAUCCUUAUGAAUGGUUGUACUACUUUCCACCACUGGCUGUUGAAGAUCUCAAGGCAUAUGGAUUGGGCUGUGACUGGAGAAGGUCGUUCGUUACCACUGACGUUAAUCCUUUCUUCGACGCCUUUGUGAGGUGGCAGAUGCGCAAGUUGAAAUCUAUGGGGAAGAUUGUGAAAGACCGUAGGUACACGAUCUUCUCGCCUUUAGAUGGACAGCCUUGUGCUGAUCACGACCGUGCCACUGGUGAAGGUGUCCAGCCUCAAGAGUAUACUCUUAUCAAGAUGGAAGUAGUGAAGCCGUUCCCUCUGAAGCUGGGUCCUUUGGAAGGAAAGCGAGUGUUUCUUGCUGCAGCUACUUUGAGGCCUGAGACCAUGUAUGGACAAACAAACGCAUGGGUGUUGCCUGAUGGGAAAUACGGAGCUUAUGAAAUCAGCGAAACUGAUGUCUUCGUCCUUACUGAGAGAGCUGCUCUCAACCUUGCCUACCAGAACUUGUCAAAGAUCCCUCAGAAUCCUUCCUGCUUGGUUGAGCUGACCGGUUAUGAUCUGAUUGGGCUCCCUUUGAGGUCUCCUCUUGCAGUGAACGAGAUCAUCUAUGCUCUGCCCAUGUUAACCAUUCUGACAAACAAAGGUACUGGCAUUGUCACCAGCGUCCCUAGUGAUGCCCCUGAUGAUUACAUGGCUCUGCACGACUUGAAUGCAAAGCCUGCUCUUCGAGCAAAGUAUGGUGUCAAAGAUGAGUGGGUGCCCUCUGCUAUUGUUCCGAUUAUCAACAUUCCCGAGUUUGGGGAUAAGGCUGCCGAGAAGGUCUGCUUGGAUCUGAAAAUCAAAAGCCAAAAUGAUAAGGAGAAGCUUGCAGAGGCUAAGAGGUUGACGUACCUGAAAGGAUUCACCGAAGGAACCAUGCUUAUUGGAGAGUUUGUUGGUAGGAAAGUUCAAGAAAUCAAGCCCAUUAUCAAGACGAAGCUCAUAGAUUCUGGCGAGGCAAUUCUAUACAGUGAACCGGAGAAGCCUGUGAUGUCAAGAUCCGGCGAUGAAUGUGUUGUGGCUCUUACGGAUCAGUGGUACAUAACUUACGGCGAAUCAGAAUGGCGGAAAAUGGCUGAGGAAUGCUUGUCAAACAUGAAUCUCUACUCUGAAGAAACAAGGCAUGGCUUUGAGCACACUUUGAGCUGGCUCAAUCAGUGGGCUUGCUCACGUUCUUUUGGUCUUGGAACACGUAUUCCCUGGGAUGAACAGUUCCUCGUCGAAUCCUUAUCUGAUUCCUCCCUUUAUAUGGCCUACUAUACAGUUUCCCACAUCUUUCACGACGGAGACAUGUACAAAGGCAGCAAGUCUUUGAUUAGCCCUCAGCAGAUGAACGAUGAGGUUUGGGAGUAUCUCUUCUGCGAUGGUCAGUACCCAAAAUCAUCUGACAUUCCCUCAGAUGUUUUAAGUAAGAUGAAGCAGGAAUUUGACUAUUGGUACCCGCUAGAUCUUCGAGUGUCAGGAAAGGAUCUCAUUCAGAACCAUUUGACGUUCUUUAUCUACAACCACACUGCACUUAUGGCGACUCGUAACUGGCCACGUGGUAUCAGAUGUAAUGGUCACAUUAUGCUGAACUCUGAGAAGAUGUCAAAGUCAACUGGCAAUUUCAGAACAUUGCGGCAAGCUAUUGAAGAGUUCUCUGCCACUGCUACAAGGUUUUCUUUGGCUGAUGCUGGUGAUGGCGUAGACGAUGCGAAUUUUGUAUUUGAAACUGCGAAUGCUGCAAUUUUGCGGCUGACAAAGGAGCUGACAUGGAUGGAGGAAGUUCUGGCGGCUGAAUCCUCUUUGAGAACGGGCCCUGCAUCUACAUAUGCUGAUAGAGUGUUUGAAAAUGACAUGAACAUUGCUAUCAGACUGACUGAAAAAGCCUACAAAGAUUGUUUGUUCAGGGAGGCACUUAAGAAUGGGUUUUACGAUUUACAAGCAGCUCGAGAUGAGUACAGACUCUCCUGUGGCACUGGCGGCAUGAACCAUGACUUGAUACUGACCUUUAUGGAUGUGCAAACUCGCCUCAUUGAACCAAUAUGCCCUCAGUUUGCGGAAUACAUCUGGAGGAAACUUUUGAAGAAGGAAGGCAGUGUGGUAAACGCAGGCUGGCCAGCAUCAAAUGAGCCAGAUUUGGUUCUCAAGGGUGCUAACAAGUAUUUGCAGGACUCUAUCGUCCUAAUGAGAAAGCUUCUACAAAGACAGCUCUUGGGUUCCAAGAAGGCUGCUAAGAAAGGUGCUCAAGUAACAGCCGUGGCAGAGGAGAAGCUGAAGGGCCUAGUUUACGUGAAUGAGCAGUUUGAUGGAUGGAGAGCUCACUGCCUUGGGAUCCUGCAAAGCAAUUUUAACCAACAGACCCGUUGUUUUACGCCUGAUGCAGAGAUACUUGCAGAGCUAAAGGAGAUACUGCACAAGGAUGGACAAGCCGAGAACUUCAAGCAGAUUCAGAAGCUUUGCAUGCCUUUCCUUAAAUUCAAGAAGGACGAGGCAAUAGCCAUGGGCAGUGAGGCUCUGAACUUGAAGCUGCCUUUUGGAGAGAUGGAAGUUCUCAAGAGUAACAUGGACUUGAUCAAGCGGCAACUCGGUCUUGAAGAGGUUGAGAUCUUUUCUGCAACUGACCCUGACGAUGUUGCUAAAGCUGGUUCACAUGCUUCACUCCUCAAGCAGAAUCCUCCAUCUCCAGGCAGUCCAACCGCCAUCUUUGUUACGAGUAAAUGAGUUUCCCGUUUCUGUGUUUUAUUUGGCUUUAAGAUGUUGUUCGACGUUCUGUUUCUUCAAGGCAUUGUCUUUUGAACUAAAACCACAAAUUUAUGAUUUUCUCUUCUUUUCUUCAGUAACAUACAAAGUUACGAAUUUUCUUCCUCGUUUAUUUGAUUUGCUGUUUCUGAUUUGUGGUUUUAGGUAUUUGCUUCGUCUUAUUUGUUUGAUUUCGUACUCGCAUAUAUUUCUGGGUAAUUUCGAUGAGUUUGGAUUUCGUUUUCCUUCAUUUUUAUUUUAGUCAUUUCCUUGCUGAUUUCGGGUUUCUGACAUUGACGGAGAAAGGUGUGGAUUGUGGAAGGUGAAAGCUUUAGAGUUUGAAAAAGGGUUUUUAGCUGCUCUUGACUAUGAAUAGGAUAAGUCAAUUGCCUGAUGAGCUUAUCUUGAGGAUAUUGUCGUCACUACCAACGAAAGAUGUUGUGGCCACAACGUUUUUCGUCAUUAGGAGUUGUAUGCCCGAGGUUGUGGGGGCAAAGGUUGUAGUUUCUAGUGACCAUCCUGAGCAGGUUCUGGGUUCUAUUACUUCAGUCAAGCGCCUCUGUUUAUGUGUUAAGGUCAUGCGCCUACUGUGUUCUUGGUUUCUUAUCAGGAAUGGACUCAUAUCCUGCUGGUAGUAUCUUCUACGGUCUGUUGAGAAACUUAAGAUGAUCAAGGAGUUAUCGUUCUUGCCCAGGCGUUCCCCUACUUGUCGGAUUACGUUUUGACUGAAGUUACAUUUUCAGCUCCGAGGGAGAGAAGAAGACUUGUUCGAUAGUCAACUGAUAUAAUUUCCUCUGUUUUAUCUUGUUCAUGUCCCCUGUUUCUAACACCUCUCUGUUCUGUUAUCAUGUGGAAAUCCAGUGAGUACUUAUACUAUUUCCCAUUUUUAUUAUCUUUCUGAUUUUAAUUUUCAGGAUAAGUUUCUUUGAUUUAAACCUAAAGUUCCAUCUUGUUCCUUAUUC